UGCAUGCAUCAAAUGAACUCCAUAAAGGCCAAAAACUAUUCACUCAUAAGUAAUAAUAUGUCCUCUUAUAUUCCCUUGUGAUACUUGCCUAUCCGCUUAAUUAUUUGGUUUCACUGUGCAUUUAGAGAAAGUUGUGCAAGUCUUGGCGUACGAUCAACAAGAUGAGAAAAAGCAUAACCUCCGGGAGAAAUAUUGUAUCUAGCGAUUACUAGUUGAUCAGACCAGACGCUGCUUUUCAAAAGAGCACUCGAUCCGUCUAUUUGCUAUGCAAAACAAACAAUUACGAAAACUUUCAAGCAAUCUCGUGAGGACGACUUGGAGGAGAGCUUGUUGGUUCCUUUUUUGAUUGAAUGCAAAUGGAAGGAGGAGAAAGAGGAGUCCCUAAUUAUGAGCUGCAAGUCUCGUUCUCGACUACUCCACAGGCGAUCCAUGAAAGUGGGUAUACACAGUUUGAAGAGAACCAAGUUAUGGGUUUCUUGGCUCCCUCUCUGUGUUCUCAUCAAAUUAUAUCUCAGCCUAUCAGUACAUCCCCCAUUAGUAAUUCCACCAAUUCUCCCAGCGCCAUCAGAUUCAGCCAUAGCGACCAGGUAGGGAGCUUAGAUCCCGUUCCCAAAGCCGUACACGAUGAGAACUGUGCCAGUAACGCAAAGGAUGGAAAUAAUAAUUCAUGGUGGAGGAGCUCAGCCUUAGAGAAGAACAAAGUGAAGAUUAGGAGAAAGCUUAGGGAACCAAGGUUUUGUUUCCAGACGAGAAGCGAUGUGGAUGUGCUAGACGACGGCUACAAGUGGAGAAAAUACGGGCAGAAGGUUGUCAAGAACAGCCUUCAUCCUAGAAGCUAUUACCGAUGCACGCACAACAACUGUAGAGUGAAGAAGAGAGUUGAAAGAUUGUCUGAGGAUUGUAGAAUGGUGAUCACUACUUAUGAAGGUAGACACAACCACUCUCCAUGUGAUGACUCUAAUUCAUCUGAGAAUGAAGGUUUUACUUCUUUCUAAUCAGGGUUUAUAAAAUCAAAACAUUCAAUGAGAUUAAUAUUAUAUAUAUAUAUAAUAUAU